AGAUGAGUGUAUAUUUGAUGGCAGCGAUUCAUCUGCUUGUUCUGUUUGUGACAUCCAUUUCCCUUGAUGUUGUGUUCAGUUCUGAGGAGGAUCGUAGCUAUGCCAAAGAGAUUACAAGUGCAGCUCAAAAGGACAAAGAUUGGUUGGUUUCAGUGAGAAGGAAGAUUCAUGAACACCCAGAACUGGCUUUCCAAGAACACGAAACCAGUACUCUUAUCUGCAGAGAACUUGACAAGCUUGGCAUACCUUACACAUACCCAGUUGCAAAAACCGGCAUCGUUGCUCAACUUGGCUCUGGUUCUCGUCCCAUCAUCGCUCUUCGGGCUGACAUGGAUGCACUCCCUUUGCAGGAGCUUAUUGAAUGGGAACACAAGAGCAAAAUUGACGGAAGAAUGCAUGCAUGUGGACAUGAUGCUCACACGACAAUGCUACUUGGGGCUGCAAAGUUGCUGAAGCAGCGGCAAGAUAAAUUUCAGGGAACUGUGAGACUUCUUUUCCAACCUGCUGAGGAGGGAGCUAGUGGUGCCUCUCAAGUGAUAAAAGAAGGAGUUCUUCAGGAUGUAGAAGCAAUUUUUGCUGUUCAUAUUGAUAGUAAGACACCUACUGGAGCCAUAGCAUCCAUUCCAGGGCCUUUUACAGCUGCUGGAUGCAUCUUUGAGGCAAAAAUUGUAGGAGUAGGUGGUCAUGCUGCAUCACCCCACAAGAAUGUAGAUCCAGUGCUGGCUACAUCAUUUGCAAUAUUAGCACUGCAACAGCUUGUCUCAAGAGAAAGUAAUCCUCUUCAGAGUGAAGUGCUAUCAGUUACUUAUGUCAAAGGUGGGACUGCGUUAAAUGUGAUCCCAUCCUAUGUAAAAUUUGGAGGCACUCUGAGGAGUCAGACAACUGAAGGCAUGUACCAUUUCAGACAGAGAUUAAAGGAGGUUAUUGAAGGACAGGCAACUGUGCACAGAUGUAAUGCAUAUGUUGAUUUCAAAGAAGAGGACCACACUCCAUAUCCAGCUGUUGUCAAUGACAAUGAUUUACAUCUGCAUGUGGAAAGAGUUGGCCAACUUCUUCUUGGUCCAGAAAAUGUCCAUGCAUCCAAGAAGGUGAUGGCAGGUGAAGACUUUGCAUUUUAUCAAGAAUUGAUUCCUGGAAUAUUGUAUCACAUUGGAAUCAGAAAUGAGAAAGUGGGAUCAAUUCACUCCCCACACUCCCCUUUAUUCUUUCUUGAUGAGGAAGUUCUUCCAAUAGGGGCAGCUUUGCACACUGCUGUUGCUGAGUUGUAUUUAAAUGAGCACACUUUGAAGUAAAAUUCGUCUUAUUAUUACUGAUGCAUGCAUCGAAGAUUCUGUAUAUUUAAGGAACAUGUUGCAUAUCUCAUUAAAUUGCUACAUUGGUUCUAUUGUUAUGCUACGGCUACACCCAGAGAAAAGUGAUUUUAGAAACCAUGUGAUACCGCUGUGCCUUGAAUAAAUUUUAAGCGAU